AUCAGUCUACCCUCGCACAGUUCGAAGAUGAUUCCAUCAAAAUUAGCAACAGUCUUUUCAUUCAUUAUUUAUUUACAAUAUUCACAUUGUUGUGAAAUAAAUUUAGAUGUCGUUGAUGCAAAUACGGAUGUUUGCGUUAAUACACCACUUAAUAUACCAGUUAUAACUACCUACGGUAACAAGACUUACUAUUUGGAAGUUAAUAAUCAGGUAAACUGGCAUAAUGCUUAUUUAGCUUGUAAACAAUACAACAUGGAAUUGAUAAGUAUUGAUUCGGAUGCAGAAUUCGAUUAUAUACGUGAAUUUAUCAAAAGUAGAACUACUGCUCAAAAGUUUCACGUCUGGACUUCUGGAAAUGAUUUGGGAACUGAAGGUGAAUAUAAAUGGAUGAGCAAUGGUCGCAGAGUCUUUUCCAACCGUUGGCACAAAGGGCAACCGGACAAUGCUGGUAGUAUAGAAGAUUGUAUUCAUUUUUGGCAUGUUUCCAAUGUGUAUUUACUUAACGAUUCUAACUGUGCUCACAAUAUGGCAUUCAUUUGCCAAAGUAUUAAGAAACCUUGUAGCUUUCAGUGAAGCUAUUAAUGUUAACACUGCAAUUUUAUUAUCUUUAUAUAUAUGAUCCGAAAUAUGCUUGGAACCGUAUCAGAUUUAGUGAAAUAAUUAACUGAUAAUUUAAGUAUUUUUAGAUUCAUGUAUUAAAAAAUGAUGAUUACAUUAAUUAU